AUGGAUUCAUUACAGUUAGCAAUACUGGCUCGAGGAGAUCAAGGUUACCACGAGACAGAAUGCAGUUUUGGAGGCGAGGCUGACCUCCAACGACUUCUGGUUGACUGCGACAAGAAUCCAGGCCAUGAGAACUUUAUACCAGUCAACGAGUUCAGCUUGAAGCAUCUACCUGACGGCUAUAAAGAUGAAGACAUUGUGAACUACAUACGAGCACAGGCAGACCUCACGGUGAAGAUCACAUCCAAGUUCACGAGCAUGCACCGACCAGAGGGCUACUCAUUUCACAACUUCAGAGGCAAGAAUUUCAUGAGAGUCGGCUCCGGAUUCAUGCAGUACGUCUAUAGAAACGAAAGACGCUCUAACAAACCCUGCCCUUGUCCGGAAUGCAAGAACUCGCCAACGCCUCGUCUGGAGUGGGCAAAGUUGAAGAUUAGAACUGCGACGCAUGUGGUAUUUGACGACGACGAGGCUCAGAAUACAAUGGUUGAGUUCUUCUAUGACGAUGACAAGCAGAAGGAUAAAGUAAAGCGAGUCUAUGGAGAGAGUGUGCGGUUUGGGACGGUCCGUGGGGACUGGUGUGAUAUCCGUUGUGUUAGUCAUGAUAUUGAGCUCUGUGACUUUCUGAAGGAGACAUGGGGCAAAUGGAGAUGGCUGGAGACAAAGGUUAACCAGAAAUAUACUUGUGAGCAAGACCAUCGGUUGGCCAUUCUGGUCUCCCAUCCUCAUGGCUGCAGUAAACAGGUCAGCAUCGGUGUCUGGAGAAACAGAGACAUUAUCGAGAUUUCUCGUGAGUGGGAGAACUGUGUCUACUCAUACGACACUCCAACCUGCCCCGGCAGCAGUGGCGCCCCCGUGUGGAUCCUUGGGCAGAUGAAGUGGGCGGGGUUCUUCGGUAGACAUCCGCACAGUGGGCGACCAGUGGAGGGGUUGAAUAUCAGCGCUAUUGGAUGGGACAAGAGAUCAAAGGCGAUGACCUAA